AUGAGUGCGCAGGAGAAUCACGAUGGCCGGAUCUCUACUCCCGCUCCGUCGGAGCCCAAAGCUCCUCACUCCUCUGACUACGCUCCUUACCCUAAGCUCGACCCUAACGAAGUCACUCCUCCUCCCCCUUCUCAUCCCAUCUCCGGCGAUGCCGCAACCACCAUGCCGCCGGAGUACAAUCCUUACGUUUCUCCCUCUCCUGCCCCUAAGAAUACGAUGGACUCUGUGAAGGACACGCUUGGGAAAUGGCAGAAGAUGGCAUCGGAGGCCACCAAGAAGGCAGAGGAUCUCGCCGGAAACGUUUGGCAACACUUGAAAACAGGCCCGAGUGUAGCGGAUGCUGCUGUUUCUCGAAUUGCUCAGGGGACGAAAAUACUCGCAGAAGGUGGAUAUGAGAAGGUGUUCAAGCAAACGUUUGAUUGCCUUCCCGAUGAGCAGCUUCGCAAGAACUAUGCUUGCUACUUGUCUACCUCUGCUGGUCCUGUCAUGGGAGUUAUGUAUCUCUCGACUCACAAGCUCGCCUUCUGCAGUGACACUCCUCUCACCUAUAAAGAAGGUGACCAGACCAAGUGGAGCUAUUACAAGGUGGUACUUCCGGUGAACCAGCUGAAGGCAGUGAACCCAUCAACAAGCAGAGUGAACACGUCUGAGAAAUACAUACAAGUGAUCUCCGUCGACAACCACGAGUUCUGGUUUAUGGGUUUUGUGACUUAUGAAAGCGCUGUGAAGAGCCUUCAAGAAGCUGUUCAGUCACAUGGUCCAUGA